GCAUGAAACCAUACUGUUGCUCGCAGAUACUUACUUCUGUCCUGAGUCUAGCCUCCACUACUCUUUCCCAUAACUUCAUUGUGUGGCUCAUCAACUUUAUUCCUCUAUAGUUCCCACAGCUCUGAACAUCCCCUUUGUUCUUAAAAAUGGGAACUAUCAGUAUUCUGCAAUGGCCUUAUAAUUUCUUUAUUUUUCAUCUUAUUAAAUUGAACAGAUUGGGGUACUGCUGUGUCAGUGUGCAACAAAAUAUAAUAGUAAUAGAAAGUACAGUAUCAUACCAACUUGAACGAUGUCGUCGUCUUUUCCUUUCGGCUUGUCCUAUUAGGGGUCGCCACAGCGUGUCAUCUUUUUCUACCUAAGCCUAUCGCCUGCAUCUUCCUUUCUAACACCAACUGCCCUCAUGUUUUCACUCACAAUAUCCAUGAACCUUCUGUUUGAUCUUCCUCUCACUCUUUUGUCGACAGCUUCCUCCUCAGCACCCUUCUACCAAUAUACUCACUCUCUCGUCUUUGGACAUGUCCAAACCAUCGAAGUCUCCUCUUUUGAACCUUGUCUCCAAAAUAUCAAACUUUGGCUGUCCCGCUAAUGAACUAAUUUUUAAUCCUAUCCAACCCUCCGAGCAAGAAUGUCAACAUCUUCAUUUCUGCCACCUCCAUCUCUGCUUCCUGUUGUCUCUUCAUUGCCACUGUCUCUAAUCCGUCACUAAUUCCGUGGGGAUCUACCACAAUUAUAAGUGACAGAGUCAUAAUAACAUCCUGUUUCCUAUUCUACAUUUUGGAGUUGCAGGUAAAUAUUCUGAACAAAUGAGAUUUAAACACAUUGUGUUUGUCUUUUGUUUAUGCAGACGUCAGUGAAUAUUUUGAUCCAGCCUGGCAGCAGUCAGUGUCCAGUCACAUCAAGGAAGAAGAGGAGGGCGAAGAGGUUCAACACAUCAAAGAGGAGGAAGAAGAAGUCCUUCACUUUAAAGUGGAAGAGCAGGAGGAAAUCAUCCAGAUUCCAGCCACUAGUGUCCAUUUGAAGAGUGAAGAUGGUCACAGUGAGGAGAGACAAGGGGCAAAGCCUCCAAUUAGGAACAGCCCAGGUGAUGGAGAUUGUUGUGAAAGAUCACAAACAGAUGGUCAUGAUUAUGAUGAUGAUGAUAAACAGUCAGUAGGUGAUAUGACACAUCCCACUUCCAACAAAUGCUGGGAAUGUUCACAGUGUAGGAAAACUUUUGCUCCUAUGAGGAAUUUCAAACAACAUGUGAAAAUACACACUGGUGAGAAGCCUUUUUCCUGCUUAGUUUGUGGUGAAAGAUUCACUCGGAAGGAACACUUAAAAAUACACACAAGAACACACACUGGGGAGAAGCCUUUUUCCUGUUUAGUUUGUGGUCAAAGAUUCACUCGGAAGGGAACCUUAAAAAUACACACUAGAACACACACUGGUGAGAAUUUUUUUUCCUGCUCAGUUUGUGAUAAAAGAUUCACUCAGAAGGGAAAAUUAAAAAUACACACAAGAACCCACACUGGGGAGAAGCCUUUUUCCUGCUCAGUUUGCGGUCAAAGAUUUAUUCAGAAUGGACACUUAAAAAUACACACAAGAAUACACACUGGUGAGAAACCUUAUUCCUGCUUAGUUUGUGGUCAAAGAUUCUCUGAGAAGGGUCAAUUAAAAAUGCACACAAGAACACACACCGGUGAGAAACCUUUUGCAUGCUCAGUUUGCGGGCAACAUUUCACUCGGAAGGGUCAAUUAAAAACACACACAAGAACACACACUGGUGAGAAACCUUUUUCCUGCUUAGUUUGCGGUCAAAGAUUCACUCAGAAGGGAAAUUUUAAAAUACACACAAGAACACACACUUGUGAGAAACCUUUUGCGUGUUCAGUGUGUGAGCUUGCUCUCAGCCCACUGCCGGAGCUUGCUCGUGGAGCGCCACCGGAGCAAGCACGCAGCCUGCUGCCGGAGCUUGCUUGCGGCCCGUCCCUCGCCACCGGAGCUCACUCGUGGCCGGUCACCCGCUGCCUGAGGCGCUCACUUGUGUCCCGCUCGUUGGCCUCCGAGUAG